AUCACAAGUGCACUAAGCACUAUUGAUCGAUUCAUUAGCCACUAUAAAUACCUGUAAUGGGGCGUGUGUCUUCCACAAGCAAUCAUCCAACUAUCUCUUCUUUCAUCCAACGCAGUAGCUUUUCUAUACAUUUUUGAACCUUAUGGCUGCCCAAGGAGCUCGUGACCUAACUCCCAUUGGCCACAUAGAGAUUCCAGUUUCAUUUCCAUUAGCUACAGACCAAAACAGACUACCCCAAGUGCCUGAAGAAGAUGACAGUUUUGACUACUCUGAAAGAACACAAUGGAUUCGUGCAGCUGUUUUGGGAGCUAAUGAUGGUUUGGUCUCUGUUGCAUCACUAAUGAUGGGUGUUGGAGCUGUCAAACAAGACGUGAAAGUGAUGCUCCUGGCCGGGUUUGCUGGGCUAGUAGCAGGGGCAUGCAGCAUGGCAAUAGGGGAAUUUGUCUCUGUGUACACUCAAUAUGACAUAGAGAUAUCCCAAAUGAAAAGAGAGAUGAUGAAAGGGAAUGGUGGUAACGAGAAUGCGGAAGAAGCAAAGAAGAAGAAGCUGCCAAGCCCGGCACAGGCUGCCAUAGCAUCCGCGAUUGCGUUUUCUAUAGGUGCAGUGGUGCCUUUGUUGGGAGCUGCAUUUAUAGGAGAGCAUAAGGUGAGGAUGCUGGUGGUGGCUCUUUUGGCAAGUAUUGCACUAGUAGUGUUCGGAGGGAUCGGAGCAAGGUUGGGGAGGACACCCAUGAUCAAGUCUUGUGUUAGAGUACUCAUUGGAGGAUGGAUGGCUAUGGCUAUCACCUUUGGACUCACGAAGUUGAUUGGCUCUGCGGGUCUAGAAAUGUGACUAAUUUGCUUUUGUUCUUCCCGCCCUUUGUUUAAUCUCGUCUUUCUUGUGGGGGUGUUUCACCGGCUACGGUGAUGUAACAUAUUUGAACUUAUGUAUAAUAAUGUUGGUAGCUUUGUA